AUGGAUGGGAAAGCGAGCUUAGGACUGGGAACUCUGUUCCAGGAACGACUACGUGGACAGAUUGCUGCAUCCCCACCUCCAACCUGUUUGCGGUUGCCUGCGAACACCAGCCCUCUUUCCGAGGCUCCACCAUUGCUUUCGCUUGGUCCGUCCCACCACCUCGGCGCCCCGCGCGGUCCAGCCAGUCGCGCCUGCCUCCCACCUCUGCUCGCUCGCAGGACCUUUGCCGGGGCCCAGGCGCGCGAAGACGGCCGGACUCUCACUUUGGCCUCGGUGGCUCUCAAGCCUAGAACCUGGCUGUGGGGGAAGCAAGGCAGUCUGGGCUUCUCCGGAGCAGAACACUUCGGCAGUUUUCAGACUCCAGAUGCCCCGACUGGAAGCCACCUAACCCGGCUCUCAACACCGCAAGGUAAAGCUCGAUUUGCGGCCGUACGAACCCCUCCGCAGACUGACCCCGAACCCGCCCCUCCAAGCUCUCGCGCGAUCAGGCAGCGAGGACUCCCCGGCAGUUCGCCGGACCCAGACCUGCGUGGCGAACAGAUCCACGUGACCAGCAGGCCUCCAUCUACUAGUAGCCUCAAGCAAAAGCAGAGGCCAUGUGUGGUCUGUGGGGACGACCAGGGACGCAUGUGCAACAGUCUAAGAACCUUCAAAAAUAAAGACUCUUUCUGGACCACUGUUUUGCAAAGGAUAAAGAAGGAAUCUGGCUCCUAGAACCUUUGCAACAAUUUAGCUGCAUUCCAGUUCUAUGAAUAGCACCAUCUGCAGACCCUGAGCAGGUCCAAUUCUUGAAGUGGACAGGCUAAAGCCAACUUGGGAAACUAUCUCCCAGUUCUGGGACCACAGACACUGACAGGAGAGGGCAAGUCAGAGCGCCAGCACUGAGGAGAAGACAGCUGCAUCUGUCAGAGACAAAAGAACACAACUCUUAAGGUGAAGGGGGGGGGAGCACUUAAGAUGGGGGGGUCAAGACAGGGUCUCACUAUGUAGUUGAUCCAUUUUUUUUUUUUUUUUUUUUGGUACCAGGG